GUAUAUUAAUUGUAACUGAAAGUCAUACAACAAUACAAAGAUCGGAAUCGAUUGAAGAAUUCGCUGAGAAAUAUUUAUAUGCAUCUUUAGCCUUUGCAGUGAAUGAUAUAUAGAACGCUAAAUUGGAAAUAUAAUCUGUUCCCUUUUUAAAGAUGGUGGAUUUGGAAUUUGACCAACUUCCUUGUUUUGGUUUUCCCGGACUGACAUGGGUGCACAGUAAAAUCAAAAACAGGGAAGAUAAACCGGUUGUGCGAAUUCCAGGGUGUUCAAAUCAGAUUCAGUGCUGAGUUUGUUUUUAAUGAUUUUAGAGGGCAUGAAUGACCACUGGAACACGUCGUUGCAGGGAGCCACCAGACAGAAACUGGACGCCUUUGCUAAAUUAAGAGGCAGGUCGGUGCGACCGGGGCAGUUUUGGGAUGUCGUCAUCAUCACAGCGGCCGACGACCGUCAGAGGGCUGCGUACGAGCUGCAGGUGGCUGAAAAACUCCAGAGAAAGGAACUCCCUCUUGGGCUGCCGUACCACGUGUUCGCAGAUCCACCUGGACCUAAAAUAGGCAAUGGGGGAUCAACGUUAUAUUCCCUCCAGCAAAUCCAAAAUAAAUAUGGGGACAAGGUCCGUGGAUUCAGAGUCAUUCUUAUCCAUGCAGGAGGAUACAGCCAGCGCCUGCCCAGUGCGAGCGCCCUUGGAAAGAUCUUCACUGCCCUCCCGCUUGGAGAGCCCCUCUACCAGAUGCUGGAGCUCAAGCUGGCCAUGUACAUUGACUUCCCCUCGCGCAUGCAGCCGGGGGUGCUGGUGACCUGCGCCGACGACAUCGAGCUCUACAGCGUAAAGGGGGGCGGGGCGGUGGCGUUCGACAGGGCCGGUUUCACCGCCUUGGCCCACCCCUCGACCCUGUCCACCGGGACCGCGCACGGCGUGUUUGUGUUGGAGCCGGCGGAGGGGACGGAGCCCGGCGACCUGGAGUACAGGUCCUGCCGCCGCUUCCUGCACAAGCCGAGCGUCCAGGAGAUGCACAGCAGCGGGGCCGUGUGCUCCAGGGCGGCCGGCGGCACGGGCACGGGGGGUCAGUGGGCCGGGCGCCCCGAAUUCGUUUACACCGACAGCACGUAUUACAUGGACCCUGACACGGCCGGCCGUUUGCUCGGUUUGCUGGCAGAAAUAGGGCCCCUAGGUUGUGAAAUAGACGCGUAUGGGGACUUCCUACAGGCACUGGGUUCGGGGGCGACGUCGGCGUACACAAAAAACACGACUAAUGUGACGAAGGAAGAACGAAACCUUGUUGAGGUCAGAGGGAAGAUAUUCGACCUUCUUGAGGGAACUCCACUUAACGUGAUACUGCUGAAUAACUCCAAGUUCUACCAUAUCGGCACCACCCAGGAGUACCUGUUUCAUCUGACAGGAGACCCAAACCUCAGGGCAGAACUUGGGCUCCUCUCUGAUGCUUUUAGCGUCUGUCCCGCUGACGCGUCGAAGAAUCCCGCAGUCUGUAUUAUUCACAGUGUUCUGCACCCGGCCUGUACUGUGGGUUUGGGGUCAGUGAUUGAAUACUCAAGACUUGGUCCUAACGUGACUGUCGGUGGAAACACUGUCAUCAGCAGCUGUUGGAUAGAAGGUGACUUCAACGUCCCAUCUGAUGCCUUUAUUCAUUCAUUGAGCCUGAGCGUGAACAGAGCCACUUUAUUUGUCACCAUUGCGUUUGCAGUAGGAGACAACCUGAAACAGAGUGUACCCUCGGUGUCAGACAUUGGCCAGUUGCAGUUCUAUGGAAGAAGUUUGCUGGAGUGCCUGGGCCUUUGGGGUCUUUCAGUUCAGGAUCUGCAGUUCUCAGGCGAUACUUCCUGCCUGAGUUUAUGGACCGCAAAACUUUUUCCACUCUGCUGCGACCUUAAAAGCUCAUUUAAAUUGUCGCUGAAUAUGAUUACAUCUUUGCAGGGUAGGUCCAGCUUCACUUUUCCCGAGGAUGUUAAGUUAUUUUCCUUGCAGGAAGCCCUGCAGUGUAAGGAUUUGGAAGAAAUGCUCAAAUUCAGGAAGGAACUACACAGAGACAUUAGUGAGGAGAAACUGAAGCAAAGCUGAUCAUUACUGUGUACAUAAUGAGAUU